GUUCUUACCCCCUUUUUUGGGCACCAUGGUUCCUUGGAUCGGGGCGCUGCUCGGGGCGCUGCUGGGGCUGCUGCUGUCGCUGCGCGCCGGAGCGGCGGACGCGAAAGCGCGGAGCUGCGGCGAGGUGAGGGAGGCGUACAAAGCCAAAGGAUUCAGCCUGCUCAACAUCCCCUAUCAGGAGAUCGCAGGGGAACAUUUGAGAAUCUGCCCUCAGGAAUAUACAUGCUGCACAUCAGAAAUGGAAGACAAGUUAAGCCAGCAAAGCAAACUGGAAUUUGAGAACUUGGUGGAGGAGACAAGUCAUUUUGUGCGCACAACCUUUGUGUCCAGGCACAAGAAAUUUGAUGAAUUUUUCCGAGAACUUCUGGAGAAUGCCGAAAGAUCUUUAAAUGAUAUGUUUGUACGGACAUACGGCAUGCUGUACAUGCAGAAUUCGGAAGUGUUCCAGGACCUCUUCAUAGAACUGAAACGGUAUUAUACAGGAGGCAACGUGAACUUGGAGGAAAUGUUGAAUGACUUCUGGGCUCGGCUAUUAGAGCGAAUGUUCCAGCUCAUAAACCCCCACUAUCAUUUCUCUGAGGACUACCUAGAAUGUGUAAGCAAAUACACAGACCAGCUUAAGCCUUUUGGAGAUGUACCCAGGAAACUGAAGGUUCAAGUGACAAGAGCUUUCAUCGCUGCAAGGACCUUUGUUCAGGGGCUGACCGUAGGCAGAGAAGUUGCUAACAGAGUAUCUAAGGUCAGCCCUACCCCGGGAUGCAUCCGAGCCCUAAUGAAGAUGCUGUACUGCCCUUACUGCCGGGGACUUCCCACUGUGAAACCUUGCAACAACUAUUGCCUCAAUGUAAUGAAGGGCUGCCUUGCAAACCAAGCUGAUUUGGAUACCGAAUGGAAUCUCUUUGUAGAUGCUAUGCUUUUGGUAGCAGACAGAUUAGAGGGACCAUUCAACAUUGAAUCUGUUAUGGAUCCUAUUGAUGUCAAGAUUUCCGAAGCCAUCAUGAACAUGCAAGAAAACAGUGUACACGUGACAGCAAAGGUCUUUCAAGGAUGUGGACAGCCUAAACCAGCUCCAGCUUUAAGAUCCUCCCGCUCUGUUCCGGAUACCUUUAAUACCCGCUUUCGACCCUAUAAUCCUGAGGAAAGACCAACAACAGCUGCUGGUACAAGUUUGGACAGGCUGAGGACUAUCUGGAGGACAAUGCAACAUGGUGUAAUUGACAUUAAAGAAAAACUGAAGCUUUCCAAAAAGUUCUGGUCAACUUUACCAUACAGUAUCUGCAAAGAAGAAAGAGUGACAGCAGGCCUGUCCAAUGAGGAGGACUGCUGGAAUGGGCACACCAAAGCUAAAUAUCUCCCAGAGAUCAUGAAUGAUGGGCUCACCAACCAGAUCAACAAUCCUGAGGUUGACGUUGACAUCACCAGGCCCGACACCUACAUAAGGCAGCAGAUCAUGGCCCUGAGAGUCAUGACGAACAAACUCAAGAACGCAUACAAUGGAAACGAUGUGAAUUUUCAGGAUACAAGUGAAGAGACCAGUGGCUCAGGAAGUGGAAGUGGUUGCACGGAUGACAUUUGUCCCACAGAGUUUGAAUUCAUCACCACAGACGCACCCCUCGUUGAUUCAGACCGAAGGGAAGUGGACUCUUCUUCAGCCAGUCAGCCCAGUUGGUCAGCACUCACGUGGUUUGUCAUCUGCCUGGCUCUCCUACUGCAAAAACAGUGCAGAUAAUCCUGGCUCUGGUCAGCGAUGACUGCCUUUUAGCUUUCGGAAAAUAAAAACAAAAACAGCCAACUUUCUCUUUUUCUUAUGCUCUUGGGCAACGGACCAUGCCACAAAUACUUACAGUUUUCUACUAGAAGAGAGCGGCACUGCAACCUGCUCCCCUUUGUGCAUUUCCAAAGAGCACCAGGUGCCAGAGUGACCUUUCCCUGUUUCCUUCAGAUAGCUGUGAUGAAGACGCUGAUCGCUCCUCGGCAAGAUCUCUUUUUCUCACGUUUUUAUUACAGGAGACUUUUCAGAGCUUCAUUUGCUUUUAUGCUGCAGGAAGAAAAAGGGGGGAGGCGGGAAAGGGUUAAGGGUACAAAGUGUGGGUUUUCCAUUACAAAGAAAAAAGAGAAGAGAAACAAAAUAAAGAAUGUCCUGUCCCCCCCCACACACAAAAAAAAUCAAGCUAAGUCCAAGGCCCCCCAAAAUAGCAAAAUGUGACUUCAAACAUAUACAUUAAAAAAAAACCAAGGAGUGCUUCUGUAUCCCACUUCAGAUCACCGAAAUGAUCUUUACUAUUGAGGGAGUAUCUUUUAUAUUUUGUAUUAUUUGUACUCCAUUGGCCAUAAAUAGAAGACUUGCCAAGAGGUCCAAAACAAAAGCAGGAAUAAGUCUACUAAUCAAGGAACAUCAUUCGUCUCAGAAUAUUCACGUUGUUUAGCACACUUCUGAUUUGAAUUCUAACUCUUUGUCCUAGCUGGUUUGACCCUUUAGCCAUGGUAUGUAAUUGAAAAAGGCGUCCACUAAGUUGCCCAUCACCAUCUGGUUUGUAGCAAAGUCUUAACAAUGCUUGAAAAGUUUUAACUCGAGGGUUUUGUCAUAAAAAUUAAUCUCUUGUGAUAGAAUCUCUCCUUUUUCUUUAGCUGCAGGUUUGGCAUCAAGUAGAAAUUCCUGCAACUGUAUUCAUUACCUUAACCAAAUGGCAGUUUUCAAAGGAACUGAUAACAGUAAUUGGAUCAAUAUGUUAGUUUUGCAUAGAAACGGCAUCCUUCGUAUCUAUUAGUUUCUGUAUCAGAAGGGAACUCUGUUGCUAAAACGUCGACACAAGUAUAUAUAUAUAUAUAUAGUACUGACAUGGAAAAUUUCUUUCACUUUUUUAGUCUUAGUAUGAUCAUCUAUUUUUAUAUAUAUGAAUAUUAUAUAUAUAUAUAUAAAUCACAGAUUUUAACUUCUUAAUUACAAGCUCAGGGUUGACACAUCUUUGUAUGGGGGGGAAAUGUUUUGUCAACCGGCUUUUAUUUUUGUUGUUCUGCUUAGGAAGAGUCAUCUUUUCAUAACUGGCAAGUGCAAGAAUCAGAAAGGGAACUUUUCUGCAUUUUCAUUGGUCCAUUUCUUUACAGAGUUGCAAAGGGGUGUCUCUCUCUCCCUCUUCUGUGCCUGUGCAUUUGCGCAAGCACGUGCAACACGGACAUGGAAAUGCAGUGUGACUUUGUGGUGGCAAUUUGUACUCCUGUGUGCUUCCUUCAAAAGUCAGUUUGACUGCCUCCGUGGUGAUAGCGGCCCCAGGAUGUGUCUAGGUAGCAGGAUCUGAUGUAAAAGAAAGUGUUUGAGCCCAGGGCUGUGAUCCUGCUCACAUGCGCAUAAAUAUUAUGCUCCUUUGCUACACUGCUAUCGGCGAUCCUAUUGAUAAGGUCUGAAAAGCCUCUGUGUGUGGUAUCACACCUGUGUACCAAGAAUGGGGAGGCUAAGAUGGAGCUUUAGUGUGUUGCAAGGUGAGAUGUCAAAGGCGCUGGGUGCAAAUGGAAGCAGCAGGGGCUAGGAUAUCAGCAUAAAUUCUCUCCCCUUUGCCAUGCUAGGCAUAGUGUAAAGGUAGCAUGGCAAAGGGGGGAGAUUUAUGCAGAUGUCCUAGCCCUGCCCCAUGCUCAGAGGGGCCUAAUGAUAAACAUGAGUGAGCAGGCCCAAACCGGAUCCUUGCUACCUUCCAUGUCUUCACAGAAAUCCAAGUGAGUUCAAAAGGGCUUACUCCCGUGUAAAUAGGUAUAGGGUUACAGCCUCAUUGAAAAGGGAGCCGUUACAAAUAGAUGGCCCAGUUUGGAUUGCUAUUCUAGGAGAGAGAGAGCACAAAGUGGAACACUUUCAAGGAAGCUGCUCACGUUGCUGUUAAGGCUUUGACCGUAUGAAUUGUACAUGUUUCAAAAUAAUCAUCUCCUCGUCUCAUUAUAAUUAGCUAUCGAUUUAGUAAUGAAAGUAGUAGGCGCACAGCACAAAUGUAUAAAGUAUACUUAAGCACUUUUACACUCCCCUUUCCCCCUAAAAUGAGCAUAUAUGCAGCUAACGAUUAAAUGCUACAUCCCGUAGGUAAACAAAAGGCAGAGGUUUUGAUUCUCAAAAAGAGGUUUAUUCUGGGUUUAUUAUUAUUAUUAUUAUUUAAAAUGUUAUACCCCCCAACCCUGUCAACCCCCAUUCGCAGUUACAUGGUGGUAGUGGUGGUUGCUUAAGUAAAGGCACCUUUUGACUGUA